AUGGGAUCAUGCAUUUACUACAAAUUUAAAUCAUACAAAGACUUCUCGACAGUUGUAUUUGAGGGGACAGGGCUGCCACUAUGGGAGCUGAAGUAUGAGAUUGUUUCACAACGAAAAAUGAAUGCAAAAGACUUUGACCUGUUGUUCUUUGAUGAAGAAACAAAUGAACAAUUGGUUGAUGAGUAUGCCCAGAUAUCCAGAAACAGCUAUAUAAUUGUUCAAAGAAUCCCCUCAUGGAUGUCAAAGACUGGAUUUACACUUAGAGAAAGAAGGGCUGAGCCAUCAGCCUCGUCCAUCAAAAGAAUGGUCAGAGAGCCACCAGAAAACUAUGUGUGCUUUCGAUGCGGAAACAAGGGCCAUUUUAUACAGCACUGCCCCACAAAUAACGACAGAAACUUUGACAUCCUGAGAAUCAGAAAGCCUUCAGGCAUCCCAAAGGAUUUUUUAGUGAAGGUAACUGGGAGCAUGGAGGGAAGCUCGGCAAGGCUUGUCACGCCAGAGGGAUUCGUAGUAGUAAAUCCGCAGGUGCAGGAGUGGCAGAGACAGGGCGAGCAAUACCUGGGGCUUAAGGAGAUACCUGACUCGUUAAGAUGUUCUGUGUGUGGUGGGCUGUUUAGAGAUCCUGUUUCAACAAACUGUGGCCAUGUUUACUGUGACAACUGCGUACUUAUUGAUGACAAAUGUGGUAAAUGUGGGAAGAUUAUCAACAGAAUUGAUUUUGAUGAGGAGAUUGCUAAUAAAGUCAGUGCAUUUCUAAAAGAACGGGCAGGAAAUGCAUGA